CACACUCUCGUGCGCGCACACGCACACACACCCAGACAAAAGCAGGAGAGAACAGUGGAGCGGACCAUCUGUGUGCCUCUGGACCUGAAGAAUCCUUCAGCACAAAGGAGACCCUCUCCAGUCUGUUGUAUCAGCAGCUCUUCCCUAGUAAGUGAGAAAUGAGAGAUACCGUGAACUCCCAGUACAACUCCUUCCUUUACUGGAGGAUGCCUAUUCCGGAACUGGACCUGUCCGAGCUGGAAUGCCUGGAGCUGGCCGACAGGGCCAUCUACAAGCCAAAGGGGAGCUACGACAACCUGGUCACAGACCGGAAGACGCAGGGCCGUGACGUCUUCGAACACGAUGGCGAUAAGGACAGCCUCCUCCAGUUCAACAGCUUCAACUUCUGGAGGGCUCCGAUUGCCAGUAUUACUGCUUUAGAUUUUGACCUUCUCUGAUCCCACCGGGCUUCUCUUUGUGGCUCUGAUGGGAGAGAAGGGCCUUCCUUC